GCCAAACACAUGAAGUAAGACAGGAGGAAGCUAGAGGAAGAGGUGACACGUACAGACGAGGGGGGACCAGCAGGGGGCUAGGAGUGGAGCGGAAGGCAACACAGUCACGAGCGAGCAAGAGGUGGAGCCCCUAGCAGGACAGAGCUGGAACAACAGCAAGGGGCGUCGGUCAUGCUCUAGCACACGGAGAAGAGGCUGAACCAGAGAUACACUGCCCCAAAAACAUCCCUCCCACUGCCCCUGCACUGCGGUGCCAGUGAGGAUGCCCAGGCGGCUAUUGUGACGGGUCGCGACGGUGUGUGUAGGUGGGCAGGCUGAGCUACGAUGCGGCCCUGGGCGGGCUCCUGGCGCUGGGUUACCCUGGUACUGCUGGCGUGGGGCACGCUGCUAUUCUACAUCGGGGGCCACCUGGUGAGGGACAGUGAGCACCCAGAGAGAUCCAGCAGAGAGCUAUCCAAGAUCCUUGCCAAGCUGGAGCGCCUCAAGCAGCAGAACGAGGACCUGCGACGCAUGGCUGAGUCCCUCAGGAUACCUGAGGGCCAGGUAGAAGAGGGAGGGGCCCUGGCUGUGGGGAGGCUACGCUCCCUGGAGGACCAGCUGACCAGAGCCAAGCAGAAGAUACACAGCUUCCAGAGACUGACCGGAGAUGGUCCGGGCCCCACCCAGGAGGAGCUGAGGCGGAGGGUGGAGAACGGUGUGAGGGAGCUCUGGUACUUUGUCCACAGCGAGGUGAAGAAGCUGGGCCAUGUGGAGGCUGGGGAAAGGCCCAGACAGGCUGACACCCUGAUACAAGACCUGGGACACCAGCAGAGGUCCAUCAUGACAGACCUGUACUACCUCAGCCAGGCUGACGGAGUCGGAGACUGGAGAGUGAAGGAGGCCAGGGACCUGUCUAACCUGGUGCAGAACAGGAUCACGUACCUACAGAACCCCCAAGACUGCAGUAAGGCCAGGAAGCUGGUGUGUAACAUCAACAAGGGCUGCGGCUACGGCUGUCAGCUGCACCAUGUGGUCUACUGUUUCAUGAUCGCAUACGGCACACAGCGCACCCUCAUCCUGGAGUCCCACAACUGGCGCUACGCCACGGGCGGCUGGGAGACCGUCUUCCACCCUGUAAGCAACUCCUGUACUGACCGUACCGGGGUGUCUACAGGGCACUGGUCAGGUGAGACCCAUGACAAGGACAUCCAGGUGGUGGAGUUACCCAUCGUGGACAGCCUGCAGCCCCGCCCCCCCUACCUGCCCCUGUCCAUCCCUGAAGACCUAGCCCAGCGCCUCCACCGGCUCCAUGGUGACCCGUCCGUGUGGUGGGUGUCUCAGUUCGUCAAGUACCUGGUCCAACCUCAGGCCUGGCUGGAGAAGGAGAUCCUGGAUACCACAGCCAAGCUGGGUUUCAGGCAUCCCAUCAUAGGGGUCCAUGUUCGGCGGACGGAUAAGGUGGGGACGGAAGCAGCAUUCCACCCUAUAGAGGAGUAUAUGGUUCACGUGGAGGAACAGUUCCAACACAUGGCCCGACGAGUCCACGUGGACAAGAAACGAGUCUACCUGGCAACAGAUGACCCCUCACUACUGCAAGAGGCUAAGACCAAGUACCUAGACUAUGAGUUCAUCAGUGAUAACUCUAUCUCGUGGUCAGCCGGUCUGCACAACCGUUACACUGAGAACUCUCUGAGAGGAGUGAUCCUAGAUAUCCACUUCCUGUCACAGACCGACUUCCUGGUCUGCACCUUCUCCUCACAGGUGUGCCGCGUGGCCUACGAGAUCAUGCAGACGCUGCACCCGGAUGCCUCCUCCUUCUUUCACUCACUAGACGACAUCUACUACUUCGGGGGCCAGAACGCCCACAACCAGAUCGCCAUCUACCCCCACCACCCCCGCAGCCCAGAGGACGUACCUCUGGAGCCCGGUGACGUCAUCGGCGUGGCAGGGAACCACUGGGACGGCUACUCGAAAGGGGUCAACCGUAAAAUGGGGCGCACCGGUCUCUACCCAUCCUACAAAGUCAAGGAGAAGAUCGAAACCGUAAAGUACCCCACGUACCCUGAGGCAGACAAGCUGCUCUCAAACUCUCAACGGAAGUGAAGAAGGAAGGGAAGGAUGAAAAUAAAAAGAGAGAGAGACACUCUGAAUCAGUUAGACUGCACAUGUUGUGAACAGAGAGAACAGUGGGAAAGGGAGAAAGAGAUGGGGGUGAUUAGACUGCACUGAGAGUGUGUGGGUCUGCCUGUGGGCAUUUACUUGUGUGUGAGUGUGUAUAUCUGGAUGUGAAUCUGUAAGUUGCGGAAUCUUGCACCUGCCACCACCCCGUCCCGGUGCACACAGAUGGGUUUUGUAGAGAAAUAGGAAGGAACAUUGAUUUCAAACGAUCCUGAAAACAAUUAAAGGUCCGUAGCCGACAACACUCACUCUCCAAGGCAGACUGGGAAUGGACUAUCCAAUCAGGGCAAGCCUUGGAUCGAUAAAAAAAUAUUUUAAAAGCCUUGGAUCGAUGACUGGAAAACAAUUAUAAACAAGAAGAAUUUACUUGUUUUCAUUUUUAUUAAAUUAUUUUGGUGGUUUAAAUUGUAUUCUUGCCUUCUUUUGUCUCUCCUUUGUUCAUUGAAUGUUUCUGAUAUCUUCCUCUUUCCAUAUUCACUCACUGCGUUCCUCCCUUCUCCUUUCGCUCCAAUAGUCCUACAUCUCCAACAGUCCUACAUCUCCAACAGUCCUACAUCUCCAACAGUCCUACAUCUCCAACAGUCCUACAUCUCAACAGUCCUACAUCUCAACAGUCCUACAUCUCCAACAGUCCUACAUCUCCAACAGUCCUACAUCUCCACAGUCCUACAUCUCCAACAGUCCUACAUCUCCAACAGUCCUACAUCUCCAACAGUCCUACAUCUCCAACAGUCCUACAUCUCCACAGUCCUACAUCUCCACAGUCCUACAUCUCGAAACAGUCCUACAUCUCCAACAGUCCUACAUCUCCACCAGUCCUACAUCUCCAACAGUCCUACAUCUCCAACAGUCCUACAUCUCCAACAGUCCUACAUCUCAACAGUCCUACAUCUCUAACAGUCCUACAUCUCCAACAGUCCUACAUCUCAACAGUCCUACAUCUCUAACAGUCCUACAUCUCCAACAGUCCUACAUCUCCAACAGUCCUACAUCUCCACAGUCCUACAUCUCCAACAGUCCUACAUCUCCAACAGUCCUACAUCUCAACAGUCCUACAUCUCUAACAGUCCUACAUCUCCAACAGUCCUACAUCUCCAACAGUCCUACAUUUCCAACAGUCCUACAUCUUGUAUCCUCAUGUGCAAUUAAUUUUAUACCACCUUAAUGUGCUUUUUAACAUGUUUGUGUCAGGUGCUGGUGCGUUGUACUGUAUAUGAUGUGUGUGUGAAAGAUUAUGAGAGAUGCUGUGUGUGUUUGAUCUAUGGUGACCUAUGAUGACCUUUGAACUAUGGUGACCUAUGAUGACCUUUGAACUAUGGUGCACACAGAAGCCCUCUUCAGGCUCACCAAUGGACUCCACCGAGCUAAUGUCCUUUUCACAUCUCUACGUCUGUUCAGUCCGUCUGUUUGUUGUUGUUGUUUUUUAGUUCUAACAUUCAUGUUUCAAAUAAAUUAGGAAAAAAAGA